UUGAAUGUAAUUCCCAUGUCAAAUAGCACCAAAAGAUGCUUAGUGCUAUUGGAAAAAUGCAAUAACAUAAACCAUCUCAAACAAGCACAUGCACAAAUUUUUACUACAGGUCUUGAAAACAAUACCUUUGCUCUAAGCAGAGUUUUAGCUUUCUGUUCAUCACACAAACAUCAUCAUGGAAGUCUCACCUAUGCUUGUAGAGUCUUUGAACGAAUUCAGAACCCUACAGUUUGUAUAUACAACACAAUCAUCAAAGCUUUUCUCAUUAAUAUCAAUUUCAAAAGCACCCUCCUUGUGUUUGUUAAAAUGCUUCGGAAUGGAAUGAGACCUGACAACUACACUAUACCUUAUGUAUUGAAGAGUUGUGCGGGACUUCAGGAUUGUUCUUUGGCGAAAAUGAUUCAUGGGUAUGGUUCAAAAUUGGGUCUUGUGUUUGAUAUCUUUGUGGGUAAUAGUUUGAUGAUGAUGUAUUGUGUGUUUGGUGAUGUUGUAGCUGCACGGUACGUGUUCGAUGAAAUUCCUAGCUUAAGUGCAGUUUCUUGGAGUGUGAUGAUUUCUGGAUAUGCAAAAGUGGGUGAUGUUGAUUCAGCUAGGUUGUUCUUUGAUGAAGCACCUGAGAAGGAUAAAGGGAUUUGGGGUGCCAUGAUUUCUGGUUAUGUGCAAAAUAGUUGUUUUAAAGAAAGUCUUUAUUUGUUUCGAUUGAUGCAGUUGACUGAUAUAGUGCCUGAUGAAUCUAUAUUUGUGAGCAUUCUUUCUGCAUGUGCUCAUCUAGGAGCUUCAGAUAUUGGUGUGUGGAUUCAUCGACAUUUGAAUCAAUCAAAGCUAGUACCAUUCAGUGUUCAAUUAAGUACUAGUUUAUUAGACAUGUAUGCUAAAUGUGGGGAUUUGGAGACGACAAAAAGAGUAUUCAAUUCAAUGCAAGAGAGAGACAUUGUAUGCUGGAAUGCUAUGAUUUCUGGUAUGGCAAUGCAUGGAGAUGGAAAAGGUGCACUGAAGCUAUUUUAUGAUAUGGAAAAAGUUGGGAUGAAACCUGAUGAUAUAACAUUCAUUGCUGUUUUUACUGCUUGUAGUUACUCAGGAAUGGAACAUGAAGGUUUGAAGUUAUUGGAUAAAAUGUGUAGUGUUCACAACAUUGAACCAAAAAGUGAACAUUAUGGUUGUUUAGUUGACUUACUAAGCAGAGCAGGGUUAUUUGAAGAAGCUAUGGUUAUGAUAAGAAAAACAACCAAUUCAUUGAAUGGCUCUGAAGAGGCAUUGGCUUGGAGAGCAUUUCUGAGUGCAUGUUGUAACCACGGAGAAACUCAACUGGCUGAACUUGCUGCUGAAAAAGUGUUGCAGUUGGAUAAACACAGUCACAGUGGAGUCUAUGUUUUGCUUUCUAAUUUGUAUUCAGCAUCUGGUAAACACAGUGAUGCUAGAAGGGUGAGGGAUAUCAUGAAAACCAAAGGAGCUAACAAGAUACCAGGUUGUAGCUCAGUAGAGAUUGAUGGUGUUGUCUGCGAGUUCGUUGCCGGCGAAAAAACGCAUCACCAGAUGGAUAAAAUACACAGUUUUGAAGAAAAUGCAUAUCCAGUUAGACUACAAUCAAUAGAAAUUCAUGGUUUAACUUUAAGUUGCUUCUAUUAAAAUCAUUAUCCUGUUUAUUAAUAUAGCUUGCAGGGAGUCCCUUUUCCUAUAGUGAUUCAGCUUUGAUCUCAUGUAAAGCUAUAUAUUUUAGUUAAGAAUGUAAUCUAUCAUUUCUUCAAUAAUACUUACAUUUUAUACAUAUAAUAAUAAAAGUUAGUUAUAUAAUUAAUGUAUACAGUCUGUGUAUGAUUAUUUACUGAAUUGUUAAUUAUGCCUUUUCAUCUAUAAAAAAAAUUAGUAGUAUAAAAAAUGAGUAUGUUUGAAGAAAAUAAUAAUAAGCAUAUCUAGAAAUUUGAAAUAGGAUUAAUAAGAACAAGUUUUUUCUCCAAAUGAUGUUGCAGUAUAUUUAAGGUGGUAGUAUUAUACUUGCUCUGUUUUUAAAUUUGAAAUCAAGAGUACAUAACUAUAACUAUCUAUAGUACAAUGAACUUCCUACAUACAUGAAAAGAUCAUAAAUAAUAAACUUAAGAAACUAUUGUUUAUUGAUAGUGACAACAUUGAUUUGGCAAAAAUUGAAACACCUAUUUUGGCUAUUUCAUUGAGAAAAAAUCAAGACAAGGAUUCAUUAAACAAGGAAAUCUGAAUCAGAAACUUCAAGCACUUUGUGCAAGCCAAUGGGAUUGACACCGGGCCGGAACGCAUUUCCCUCAAUGUA